AUGUCCAUGGCUGAUGGCUAUGCUCGCCUGACUGGAAAGCCGCAGUGUGUCAUUGUCCACGUCGACGUAGGCACUCAGGGCCUCGGCGCUGCAGUACACAACGCCUCAUGCGGCCGUGCGCCUAUCCUGGUGUUCGCUGGUCUGUCGCCUUUUACUCUGGAGGGUGAGUUGCGAGGCAGCCGAACCGAGUACAUCCACUGGAUUCAGGAUGUCCCGGACCAAAAGCAAAUCGUAUCGCAGUACUGCCGGUAUUCCGGUGAGCUCAAGACGGCCACCAACGUCAAACAGAUGGUCAACCGCGCACUGCAAUUCUCCAGAUCUGAUCCUCAGGGGCCCGUGUAUCUUUGCGGCGCAAGAGAGGUCAUGGAGGCCGAGAUCGAGCCGUACAGCAUUCGCCAAGAUGAAUGGGAUCCGGUCGAGCUCGGUGGUCUUCCCAAAAGCGCUGUUGACAGGAUCGCCGAGGCGCUGGCUGGUGCCAAAGAGCCCCUUGUCAUCACCGGUUUCGGCGGCAGAAACCACGACUUCCCGGCUGCGCUCGUUGAGCUCGCCGACACGGUCAAGGGCCUGCGCGUUGUCGACACUGGCGGGAGCGACAUGUGCUUCCCGGCAGACCACCCUGGCUGGCUGGGUCUUCGAUUUGGUAUUGACGAAGCUGUGAAGACGGCCGAUGUCAUUCUCGUUCUCGACUGCGACGUGCCGUGGAUCAACACCCUGUGCCAUCCCAAGAAGGACGCUAAGAUCUUCCAUAUCGACGUCGACCCAUUGAAGCAGCAGAUGCCCGUUUUUUACAUCGCCGCGCAGUCAAGAUACCGCGCGAGCAGCCUGCAAUCAAUUGAGCAGAUCACUUCUCACCUCAAGGGCAAAUUCGCUGCGCAACUGGAGUCGGCAGAGGCCAAGGAGCGUGAAGCCAAGGUCAAGGAGUCACACAAACAGCUCUUGGCCAAGAUUGAGGAAAAGGCACAGCCCAAAGCGGAUGGCGAGUUUGGGACCGGCCACCUUUCGCGAACGCUGAAGAAACUCUGCCCCGAGGACACAAUCUGGGCGAUCGAAGCCGUAACUAACACUGUUUUUGUCCACGACAACCUCCAGCCCACGCUGCCCGGCUCAUGGAUCAACUGUGGUGGUGGUGGCCUCGGCUGGUCUGGGGGUGGCGCUCUUGGCAUCAAGCUAGCCUCUGACUUCGAGAACGGUGGCAAGGGCAAGUUUGUGGUCCAAAUCGUCGGUGACGGCACGUUCCUCUUCUCGGUACCAGGCAGUGUGUACUGGAUUGCCAAGCGUUACAACAUUCCCGUACUGACGAUCAUCUUGAACAACAAGGGAUGGAACGCGCCCCGACGGUCGCUGCUGCUGGUGCACCCCGACGGUGAAGGUUCCAGGGCGACAAACGAGGAGAUCAACAUCUCGUUUGACCCGGCGCCUGAUUAUUCCGGUAUCGCCAAGGCAGCGGCUGGUGGAGAUUUGUUUGCUGCUCGUGUGGAUAAGCUGGAAGAGCUUGAGGGAGUGCUCAAGAAAGCGAUCGAGACAGUGCAGGGGGGGCAGCCGGCUGUGUUGGAUAUCAAGGUGGCCAUGGGUUCGUAA